CCUAGCAAGAAAAGGCGCCAAAGCAGUUGAAGAUAACUUUUACCAGAAUGCGUGCCAUAUUGACUUUGAAAAAUGACCAAUUGAGGAAAAUUAUUUUCCUUUCCUGGAUAUGUAUCUGGAUAUGCGUGUAUCUACAUAUGUAACAAAGCUGGGGUUGUAGAGGCAAAGCAUAAGCUUAGUAUAUUGCUCAGUUUUGGUGAAUCCUUCUGUAUAUUUUGUUGUGGAUAUUAAAAAUAGACAAUCUCUUCAAAGUGCUAGUUCGAAUCACCGAUGAGCUGUUUUUUCUGAAAAAAAAAUUUGCGUAUAAAAGCUCGUUGAUGAUGAUAAAAAUCUGUUCUAUAGGGUGCCUUUUUCGAUAAGAAUUGUUCCAACUUGGUAAUAUUAUUGAGUUACUAUAUGUAAUAUGUAAUAUUGUUACUGAAGCUCUCGCGUUCCAAAAAGCAGUAUUAGCGGGUAAAUACACGUGUUUCUGGAUUUAAUUAAAUCCCUUAAUUAAAUAAAUAGUAGCUAAAUCGCCCUCGCUAAAGAAAUCGAACGACAGUUAAAUUCGAAGACUGAAAGGUUGCUACUCAUUUCACGCCGCAUGAGCAAACAAUAAUCAAUCAAAUAAAACACAAUUAAACAGACUAUGUUAUCGUUUCCAUACACCACUUCUGUAAAUUCAAGGUAUACAUAAAAUAACUGAUGCGUGACAAAAUCAUGAAUUACCUGCAUAUUCUAUCGUCUAGAAACAAAUUAGUAUUAACUAAGCUCUAGACUAAAAGAAAGUAUUUACCUCGCCGAGUUCAAAAAAAGGAUGUACUUACUUCGUAUACUCAUAAGCUGCUUCGCAUUCACCUUAACUUCACAAAAAAAUGAAAAAGUUAAUGAACGCCCUAUUGUGGGCGUUGCUGUUAUGGAAAUUACAGAUGAAGAUUUAGUCCAAAUCUAUCCAGCGCUAGUUGGAAAGCAUUAUGUUCCAGCUAGCUAUGUAAAGUUGAUCGAAAUGACGGGCGCUAGAGUGGUUCCGAUAUCCCCUUUAAUGUCCAAUGAAACAGUGGAAUAUAUUUUCAACUCUGUUAACGGCUUGCUAUUUCCAGGUGCCGGGAAUAAUUUGAGUGAUACCGGGUAUUUCUAUUUAACAAAAAAGCUUUUCCAGCUUUCUAUGAAAGCUAAUAAAGCUGGUGUUGUUUUUCCUCUUAUGGGUAUUUGUCGUGGUUUUCAAGCACUUGUUGUGCAUGUCGAAGGGAAUCAAAAGCCUCUUAUCGUAACAGAUUCUUUCGACCUAGCUACCACUGUAAGAUGGGACGUAGAAGAGCUAAGGAAGCAUUCGUUUCUCUCAGCAAUGCCAAAGAAAAUGAUACGAGAUAGUGAAAAGGAUCCCAUAACAGCGCACUUUCACCAAUUUAGCGUCACGCCAAAAUCAUUCAAACAUUCUUCCAAACUGAACAGCUUCUUCAGAGUUUUGGCUACAAGUUCGGAUCGCAAGGGGACGGAAUUCGUCUCAGCCGUGCAAGCUAAAAAGUUUCCAUUUUAUGGUAUCCAAUUUCACCCAGAAAAGACUAUGUUCGAAUGGGCCACAACAAUAAAUAUUCCGCAUUCUCCACAGGCUAUUCGACUUGGUCAGUUUGUGGCCAACUCCUUUAUGGACAAUGUUCGGCGAAACAAAAGGAGUUUUGGCAACAGCUCUAUUGAACGAAAAUACCUUAUGGAACAAUACGAGUUAAUGAGAACAGACGAUCUUGACAGUCAUGCGCCAUUUCGAGAGAUAUUCAUCAUUUAAAAUCAUGUUUUACCUUCCCAUUUUCGCGUAAUU